UUAGUCAUAAUAAAUCUAUUGAAAUAUAUGAAUAUCCGGGUACGAAGCGUGGAUUCGCUUCACCAAAUUAUGAUCAAAUAUCACAAGAAAUUAGUUUUAAAAGUGAUUUAGCGCAUACAAGAUCUUUAAGUAUUUUAAGAAAAGUGAUAGGACCUUAUCGUAAUUUAUCAGAUUUAUGGGAAACACAUAUGAAACAUGAAUUUACUUCAAAGGAUGUUCAAAAGACAAUGAGCACGAUGGUAAAUCUUUUGACAGAUGAUGCAUAUGUUAAUCAUGUCCCAACCAUGAUUGGUGGUGGAGUUGAACAUGAACGUCUUGCACAAUUUU